UUCGAUCCAACACAGGACGUCAUUCUCUGGGAUCUGUGUCGUUUGUCUGUUGUUUGAGUUUAAAUGUCAGAUGGCUGUCGUGAACUGGGUCGCCGGUAAAGAGGGAUCCCCGCUGCAACAUUCCAACGUAGCUAGCAGUCGUUUGCCCACAUCCUGUAAAACAAUUCUUUAUUUUAUUUAAUUUUCUCGUUGUCGAAUAAAACUUUUCACCAUCUUCUGGUGUAGGGGGCGAUUGUGGUUCAGUGGGUAGCGUCUCAUAAUCAGAAGUCGAUGUACCGCUGGUUGGCAAGUUGCCCAUCGAUCUGCAUCAGUAUCGAUGUGUGAAUGUGUGCACAUUAGUGAGUGCGAAUAGGUGAAUGUAGCUUUAGUGUAAAGCGUUUUGAGCGGCUGGUAUGACUAGAAAAAUGCUAUAUAGUUUCAGUCCAGUUACCAUUGUUGGUUAAUAGGCUGCGGCUUGACAUUAGUUAGGGCCCCAUGUGAGUCGGGGAUGUGCCUGUGCCUUCAUGGAUGGUUAACUAGACUUCUGAUCAGCACAGGUGAAUAUUUUAUUGGCCUUACCUCAUCAGGGUUGUAUUUGUAUUCGUAGCUGUCUUGCUGACAUGAUCUGAACCCCAGAUUAGUUUUGUUUUUUUAGGGCUGUGGUUGUAGACUUUUGAUAAGAUGAAAUGCCUGUUAGAGUUUCAGGUGCAGUUUUCCAUUAUUUGCCUAUCCUGUUUGUUUUGUUUGUUUUCCUCGUUGCAUUUUAUGACUUACAAUCUACUUACAAUCAAGUUCUGAGGCCCCAACACUCCACAUGAAUACUUGUCAUUUCUUCCCCAGUCGAUUUUGAGCGGUGUUGAUCUGUCUGUAGAAAACUCACCAACCAGUCCUACACAGGUCAUAUUAUCGCUAUCAAACAUUGCUAUCCCCUGGGCAGCACGCCACGCUCAAAAUCUGUCCCAUCUGAUAAUCAUACUUUGCUCUUGGACGUAUUUUCCGCCCUCGUGUUUUCAGUCGACUUCAGCUGAAGCUUAAUGAAGAUUUAUUUUCUGUUCUGAACUUCUACCUUCAGCAUGUGAAAUAUUACUAUCACUGCCUUUUUUUUGUGCUAAUACACAUACAGUAGAUGGACUGACUAGAGUUCCAACAUUUUACCAGUGUAAUCCUUUUGCCUUGACAACGCUUCAUAAACCUAAAAAUUCGUAACAAACCCAUUUAUUAAUUUGUCACGUCACUGUGGAACAACAACACACAUCACACCUGCUCAGUGACUCAUCUUGUCUCAAUAGACGCACAGCAACGGUCUUAUCCGCGCGCGGAAGGAUCAAAGUCCGGAGCGGCUUUCGGCUCGAUCAAUACGCUCAUUCAAAAGGUCAGACAGCCUUUAACUCUUCCCAUAAUGCGAGGAGACUGUCUGUGGGUCAGGCCUUUUGAUGCGAAUGUCACAGAGCCACCCCUGAGGCGGCUCAGUGGGAUGUUUGCGUAGAAGAUGGGGGUGUCGUAUCACUCUAGCUCUCGAGGAGGCUGGUAGACUCGGUGUGUGAGGGAGGCGGCGUCCGCACAUUAUGUUGGUGAUGUACAUCGGCCAGGCGAUGAAGGACCUGCUGAAGCUUCCUCGCCCUCCCUCGCCGCCUGUGGUCAAGCUGGAGAUGCGCGUGGACGCGGAGUACGGACUGCCGUCCACCCACGCCAUGGCCGCCACCGCCAUCUCCUUCACGCUUCUGCUCAGCGCUCCCUCCAGAGUACAGUUCUGCUUCCAGACGGGUCUGCUGAUCGCUGCGACGCUGUCAUCUAUGGUGUCUCUGAGCCGGCUCUAUACUGGCAUGCACUCAGUUCUGGACGUGGUCUGUGGCAUUUUGAUCACCGCGGUCCUGAUUCUGCUCACCUACCCUUGGUGGGAAUCCUUCGACAGCUUCCAGCUCUACAGCCCCCUGUCCCCCAUCGUUGCUCUGUCGCUGCUGCUCCUCCUGAGCUACACGUACCCAGAGCUGGACCAUUACAGCACCACACGGGGGGACACCACCACCAUUCUCGGCGCGUGCGCCGGCUCCUCGGUGGGAUACUGGCUGAACGCCCAGCUGGGCAACACGUUUGACCUCCAGGGGUCGUUGCCCGUCCCUCUGCCCGCACUGACAGCGCAGGCCGUGGCCAGAGGUGCCGCACGCAGCCUGGUUGGAGUCGUUGCCCUGGUGGGGACUCGGCAGGUAGUGAGAACGCUGAGCCUGGACGCGUUAUAUUCUUGGUACAAGCUUCCGAAAACGGAUAAAGAAGCCAGGAGGAGGAAGGAGAUCGAGGUGCCGUCCAAGUUCGUCACAUACACAGCUGUUGGACUGGUUAACACUAUAGUAGUCAACAGAGUCUUUGUUUUACUCGGGCUUCUAUGACCAUGUGGCAUCUGAUGCAUCAGACUGAUGUGUGUUUAUGUUAACAGCAAACCUCAUAUUUAUCCGAUUGUACAUUACUGAUCUUUUUUACACUGGAAAAGGGCCGAAUGUGUGACACAGAAAUAAAGCUUUUAUUGCGUUCUAA